UCGACUUCCCGUAGAUCUAUGUAAUGCAUGAGCACCGCAACCGGACGUACCGCUACCGAUUGUUGACAGUGAGAGCGUCGACCAUGAUCUACGACAGCGAGGAACUCUGCGACGUGUAUCAUCUCCCGCGUCGGUCUUCGAUCUCCCGGGUUUAUCAUUACGUCGUUGUUCUCCAUACCAGAUGCUAAUGGCAAGGACACGGACAUAAGAAUGGCCAAGUCAGGGUGUCAUACUUACUACGUAUCACGGAGGUUUGCCAUCUUCCCCAAGAAAGCGGCAGGUAGGAAGUUCAUACUACUUCGCGUAUAUGUCUCCAGCUCAAGAAUCACCCAGCAACUAAGACAUGCACCCGAUGAUAGAGAAAAACAAUCUAGAUAUCAUUCACACAGGCAACUCAGCUAUCUUGGAGCAUCGGAUCGAAGCGCCCGACCUUGUGUCAAUGGGCACUGUUCUUUAGGAUCCUUGGAGACUACGGGUAGCUCGGCGUGUUAUGUUCCUUUGAAACACUGCCCCCCUUGCGCAGUGAAGCUAUCCAUCGUAGUCCAUGGACGCUUUGCACCUCAUGCUUCCGGGCUUCAUUCCGUUGGUACCACUUUUCAGCUGUACCAAAUAUUGCAUUGUCUAUCUUAUCUCCCGCUCAAUUCAAUAAUACCCUCAAAGCGAUGCGGGAUGGGAACCGUGAAUAGUUCGAGCUCUCGUCUUGUGCGCGCGAAGAGGUUUAGCGCCGAGUUCGUCCUCGAGGAUAUAGUCGUAUUGGUUAGAGGCUAUUCUGCGGAUACUACAGUAUCCCAUGACGGACCCAUGAUAUAGCUAAGCAAACCGUCUCAAAAGCACUUUCUGUUCGCAAACACCUAAUGAAAAAGACAUACGAGACGAUCUUCUCAAGUGCAAAGACUGCUCUAUAGAUACGCAUGAUCCGACGGUGAAGUUCCUAUUCG